UAAAAGGUGCAGAGACUUUGUCCAAUGAGCUACGUCAAGGUACUUCCCUCUAACUCUUCUCCGUUCCUCCCGACCAAUCAAAGGAGGACCAUCCUUCCUCCGGACCAAUCAAAGGAGGACCAUCCUUCCUCCGGACCAAUCAAAUGAGGACCAUCCUUCCUCCAGACCAAUCAGAGAACCAUCUCCCCAAAAAACGUUGGUUGGUGCGAAAGAAUCUGGAUAAGCAAAUCUGGAUAAGCAAAAAAAUGUAAUGGGUCUGCAAGUCCAAAAAAUGUUGGAUCCUUCCUACGGACUAACCUGAGAGAAAGACGAGUGUACACUUUUCCUUUUUAAACCUUCUUUGUGUGGGACUAACCUGAGACAAAGACUAGGAAGGGCCAGCAAUACUCUCUCCUUCCAACCCUACCCUGCCUUAUACUGCCGAGUGGACUAACAAUACAGUGGAGCGCUGACAUGGGUAGAGGCUGUAUAGCUCUGGAGAUUACAGUGCACAAGGUGCUCGUUGGACAGGUUCAACUAGAAGGAGAGGACUUUAUUAAUCCAUGCCAGAUGGAAAUUGGACAUUAGUAACAAUCUUCAUUCUUUACACUUCUCUUCCUCGCAGUGACGCUAACCUGGAUAAAUAAACUAAUCAAUAAACAAAAAAACAACUAUAAUAAACAACAUGGAUGUCAUCAUCAGAACGCCAACACAACCCCGAGAGGCGGGGUUUAACAACAGAGUGGGCGGGGUUUCGGUGGCGUUGUCGGCAACCAGUUGGUUUGCCUUCCUCUAUGGCUUUGCCCUACUGUCAAUCAUCCAAUUUCCCACGGUGACGGGCGACUGUUGGCUGAUUGAGGGGGAGAAGGGCUUCGUGUGGUUGGCUAUCUGCAGCCAGAACCAGCCCCCUUAUGAAGCUAUCCCUGCCCACAUCAACAGCACCAUCGUGGACCAGCUCAACGAGAAUAAGAUCAAGAGUAUCCAUUUCUCAUCGCUCAGCCGCUGGAACCUGACGUACCUCAACCUCACCAAGAAUGAGAUCUCGUACGUGGAGGACGGAGCCUUCUCGCGCCAGUUCAACCUACAGGUGCUGCAGUUGGGGUUUAACCGUCUGAGGAACCUAACAGAGGGAAUCCUCCGAGGGCUGGGGAAGCUGCAGUACCUCUACCUCCAGGCCAACCUGAUCGAGGCGGUCACCCCCAACACCUUUGAGGAGUGUCCUAACAUAGAGAACAUUGACCUGUCCAUGAACAGGAUCCAGGUGCUGGACGGAGGCUUGUUUACAGGGCUCGGUAGAUUAACCACGUGUGAACUCUACACCAACCCGUUCAACUGCUCCUGUGAGCUGCUGGGAUUUCUACGCUGGUUGGCAGUCUUCCCCAACAGGACCAACGAGAGGAUGGUGUGUGAUACUCCGGCCGGGUUUUCAGGCUACAGCCUCCUCAGUCAGAACCCCAGGAUGCCUGCCAACCGCAACGCUCUGCACAUGCUCAGUAUGGUGUGUACCGACGACGGUAGCAACUCUUUGCCGAACAUCAUUGUUCAGUCCGAUUUUACGACCCUCCCACCGUACUCUCCCUGCGGAUUGG